AUGGAGAGCCUAAGGAUACUCGUGCUGGGAGACGUGGGCGUGGGGAAGAGCUCCUUCCUCAAGCUGAUAACCGAAAGGUUUUCCGAAAUAUACCCAAUCAACUUCUUCGACUACUACAUGCACUUAGAGGAGGAAGAGGCGAGGAAAAAAUUUGUAAGCGCCAAAGAUUUAGCAGAAAAUAAUUGUAAAUCGAAGAGGGUUCAGGCCUUGGUGGAGUCUAUGUUCUUUCAGGCGAAAAAGAAUUUCCUCGAAUUUAUUGAGAGUAAAAUGAGGGGUUAUAACUUCUUUUGCGAGCAAAGACACAAAUACACCUACGGGUUUGAAAUUUUUACUUUUCUGUGGCAUAUGGAUAAGGCAUAUAACAACAACAAGUUUGAGAAGAAUAUUCCCCUGAAUAUUAGGCAAAGCGGGGGACACUUAACCGACAUGCUGGUCGAUCGUUGCAAAGAUGAGAAGGCACUUCUCGUGGAGUUCCUCGAAAUAGGAGGCAUCCAAACCUACUCCUGUAUCCGAAAUAUUUUUUACACAAAACAUGAUGGUAUUUUACUUGUUUACGAUUCCUCAAAUAAUAAGUCUUAUCACAAUUUGGCAAAAUGGGUUUACGAAGUGUAUGAACACACGAAACUCCCAUCGGAUAUGUUCUGCUCCGCGAAAAGAGGUCGAAAUAAAUUUUGGAACCUUUUCAAGGGUGCCGAAAGGAAGGAGGACAACAAGGGGGCGAAGGACGGCCACUCCGGGAUGGAGACACCAAAGGGCUGCCCUGACCAUGGGGGGUACAUAGACUUGCACAAGCAGAGAAAAAACGGUACAUAUACCAAGCACUACGCGGAGUACAAGGCGGAUAGUUAUGCCAAUCGCUAUGCUGAUCACCACUCCCGUGGGUACCCUUCCCACCGCGAGAGACACCUGGAUGAAGACCCCUUCGCAUCCGAUGACGACUCGGACAUCGAAAAGGGACACGCCAAAAAGGGGGACCAAUUUCUGAAUGGAGAAAUACCUAUAGCCUGCAUAGCCACCAAGAUCGAUAAAAAGAACGCCAAAGAAAAACCAGCCUCCGUGAAGACACCCGAAACUUCCAUUUUUUACAAAUUUUUUUUCCCAGAAUUUUCUGUCAACGCGACGAAUGAAGCUGUUAUCGCGAACAAGGAUAAUGUAAAGCGAAAGAAAGAAAUUUUGAAAAAGCUGGAAAAUCAUAUAACCCAGGCAACAGAAAUUAAGGCAAGUUCCACCGAUUGCGUUGUUGACAUUGAGAAAUUUGUGCACUUCCUCAGGAGCGUUUACGAGAAAAAGUACAACUCGGCUAGGCUGAAUGGGUAG